AUAUUUCCAACGUUGAUAAGCCAGUUUGUCAUUGACGACACAUAAAACUGAUAAAACUCUGGAAAAAUCUUGAUAAAUCUGGAUGGUUGGCACCCCUGGUCGAGGAAGCCAUAAUUAUAGCAGAAACCUCAGAUGGGUGAAAAGUACGCAUUAUUCGGGAAUUUUUCCGGUAGAGUGUACCAUCUGAUCGCAAAGUGCAUUUAUUUGACUGUAGUUGUGUGCUAUAGUUAUUCGGUGCAGUAUGCAAUUAUUGUUUGUUUACCAGCAACCAUAACGGAGCAGCAUCUUAUCGCAAUACAACUAUUUUUUACGAUUUUUAAUACUAUACUAAACUUUGGGACAAUGUCCAAACGAAAUGUCGCAUUUAUCAAACCAGAAGAACCUGAUUUUCUCAAACGAAUGAAAGCCCAAAUCGGAUACCGAGAAGGGCCCUCGGUUGAUACCAAGCGGCAACAAAUACAAAAUCUAGAGGAUUCAGAUGACGAGGACCGGGAAGAUCGAGAAGAUGAAAAACCACAGGUAGUGGUGUUAAAGAAUGGUGAUUUAACUGCAGAAGAAGCUGCUGACGCUGAAAAAGAAGAAGCCGAAAAGCCCGCUGACCUGAAUCAAAAAGUAGUUUUCAAAUCCAAAAAAUCCAAAGUUGGUGGAAGUCUAGAUGACAAACAGAUACUGGACCGCAAGACGAAAAAAAGGAAACAAAAAGCAGCCAAAAGUAAGCUUUCCUUUGGCGAUGAUGACGAGAACGAGGACGAUACGUAAACUUCAUGUUACAAAAAUCUUCAAUUUGUUUUCAUAAUAAAACCAAACAACUUACAUCUA